UGGUGCAACGAGCAUCUCUCUUCCUUUGGCCUGCCCUCGCAGCGCCAGCUUUUGAAAAAGCCUCCGGGUGAUUUAUUUUCUGCUCCUCCAAAGCACCUUCGCUUUCACCAAGGAGCACUUCAGCGCGGCAGCCUCUCGCAUGCAUGCCCGUGGGAACGCGCCCCGACACGUGUCUUCGCAGCCGAAGCGUGCCCUUGCCUCGGAUCGGAUUCCGUCUUUAAUUUUCUCAGCUGCCCGGCGGCCAACGGCGCUUUGCCCUAGAGAAAGAAACGCGGAGCCUCUCCAGCCUCUCGCCUUUCCCCCCAGCAGCCCCAGAUGGAGAGCGCCGGGGUACCCGCGGGAUCCCCCCAGGCCUGCCGCGAAGCCCGGAGAUCCAGGAAGACCCUCGGCUUCCUCGCCGUCGGGCCGAAGACCCUUUUCCCGGACGACGGCGCCGCCGCGAUGUCCCCGGUCACCACCUUGGCGCUGAAUAUGGACAAGCUGACCGGCCUGGGCAGUGAUAGUGACACACCCAAGAGAAGGAAGCGGCUGGGCCUUGACUUCAAGAAAGAGUGGUCCUCGCAGGAUUCCGUCUCCUCGGAGUCGUCUCAGGAAUCGGGAGAUUCAGGCAUGGGCCCGGAUUCCCCAAUGGAGCCAGACCUGGAGAUCUUGGAAGAUGUGUUUGAGAGGAAUGUGUUAAGAUCUCAGAGAGCCUUCAAAAAUGAUUAUCCUCCGUUCAGAAGAAUCCAAUCUUUGCCGGUGCAGUUACUGGGUUCGAGUCCCACGCUGAGGAACAUUUCCAACUGCAAGGAAUUCAAUAGGCCAGUGGCGGCCGAGGCGGACUCUGGCCUCCAAGGCAAUGGGGGAAAUGAAGGCGCCAUCUUCAAGAAGCCCCUGCGACCUGCAAGCAGGUUCUGCCUCUCGGGUGGUGGGACAGGCAAAAGGAACCUCUUUGCACAGAGGCCAAACUCUGCUCCAGACCUCAUGUAUUCGAGCCCAGAGAAAGAGAACAGGAGCCCAGGGUCUGAUAGCCAUGUCUACCUCCGCCGCUCGUCCUUGACCUCCUUCAUGAUUGACGAAGAUAAUGAUGAUGAUGGGUUUUUGGAAAUCCUGGAUGAAGAAGACCCAAAGGGCGAUGGAGAUUUCCCGUUGGGUAUGGAGAACUUGCUAAUGGCCCCUCUGGUGAGGAAGGAAGAUGAGUCCAGCCUGAGCCCCCUGGGAACAGGCAAAUGCCGCCGUCUUUUCCGCUCCCCGUCCAUGCCCAGCGCUGUCAUCAGGCCCAUCCUUAAGCGGCUGGACCGGCCCCAGGACAAAGAGACGCCCGUGAAAAGCAAGAGGCGGAAGAGUCUGGCUGGCGGCGCCAUCGAAGAGAAGGAAGAAGAGCCGAAACCUCGGCUGGUUCGCUCUCGCUCCUGCUGCCCCAGCGAGAUCGCAAACAUCUUGGACAACGACCACCGGGAGCUGAUUGGAGACUUCUCAAAGGCUUACAUUUUGCAAACGGUGGAAGGGAAGCACCAAGACCUCAAGUACAUCUCUGCAGAAAUGAUGGCGGCUGUGCUGACGGGUCAGUUCAGCAACCUCAUCGAGAACUGUGUGAUCGUGGACUGCAGAUACCCCUAUGAAUAUGAAGGAGGCCACAUCAAGGGCGCUGUUAACCUUCCUCUGGGAAAGGACGUGGAAGAGUUCCUUCUCAAGAAGCCCAUUGUGCCAUUUGACCCGGCAAAGAGGGUGAUCGUUGUUUUCCACUGCGAGUUCUCCUCCGAGAGAGGACCCAGGACGUGCCGUUUUGUCAGGGAAAAAGACCGGGCCUGCAAUGAUUACCCGUCCCUCCACUAUCCUGAGCUGUAUGUCUUGAAAGGAGGCUAUAAAGAAUUCUUCCCGCAAUAUCAAAUUCACUGUGAACCGCAGAACUACCGCCCGAUGCACCACAAAGACUUCAAAGAGGACCUUCGCACUUUCCGCCUGAAGAGCCGUACAUGGGCUGGGGAAAAAAGCAAGCGAGAGCUAUACAGCCGCCUCAAGAACUUCUAAGGCGGGGAGGGAGUGGGGAUAUUGGGGGGGGGGACUGCUGCUGAUGCAGGAUUUAAGGAGCGAGCCGUUUUUUCCUCACACACUGAAUUCAGGGUGGACUUCUGCAGUGCAGGAAAUGCAAUCAACAUUUCUUUUUUUCCUCACCAAUUGUGCUCAUUUGGAGACUUCAGAUUCUGGGGUUUGCAUUUUGGGGGGGGGGGGAAGAGUCGCAACUGCUUGUCUAAACAGCAACUCCAGCAAUAGCGAUACCUCUGGGUCCAGCAGGCUGGAACCUGCCUCAAUGCUGUGAAUCUCUCUCUGCGGUGGGCUUGGGUCUAUUUCUCUCUCUGAGCCCCGGGGAUGUGCUUCCAUUGCCGGCUUGUGAAACUUUUCUCCGGGAGAACUUGGGGGAGAAUCUCCCGCACCCCUUCGGCUCGUGAUGCCGCCUUCCUUCAAGAGGGGGGAAACCUUGGCAGCUAUUGGGGAACGUCCACUAUAGGGGCGACGAGGGAGCUCGCCGCACAAACUGCAUGGGAAGCGACAUCGGGGCUGUGCAGGAGCCCCGUCGAAGGGCCUGUCUGCUUGGAGGCGAGGAUUUCGGAGGCCAAAAUGCGCUCGGGAAGCAAGUCUUUUCCUCUCUCCUACCCCAGGACUACCACUGAAAGGCAAAGCAGUAAACCACCCUGUGCUCCUGGCUGGGGAAUCUGCCUCCCACCCCUAGUAACUAGUUCUUCCACCCCAAAGUGUGGGGGCAAAAGUUAUCAGCUCUGUCCAUCACUUCUUUUCAGUUGCACACCGCAAAGGACCGGGGUGGGGGGGUGGGGGGGGGAGAAAGCACUUAGAAGGAACUCUUGGUUUGCACAGAUUCCCACGUUCUGUGUUUUUGCAAGGUUGAAAUCGGAAAGUAGAACGACUUGUCAGUAUCUGGGUAACAAGGAUUCUAAUGGGCUUCAGUAUUAGGAAGAUUAGCAGUAUUUGGCACUUGGAACUAUCGCCCUGCCCUGGAAACCUAACCCUAGAGCUCUGAAGAAAUGUCCUGUAGCUUGACUAUUGGGGGGGGGGGAGAGGAAGAGUCCUGCACUUGAAUGCUGUAUGUCUCCGUCUAGAGAAAAAGGACUUUCCAUUAAUUGAUUUGUAGCGUGAGAGGCCAGGCCUUUGCUCCCUCUCUCAUGUGGUCAGGGUUAGAUCUGUGGUUUUGGAGAGACUAGACUUUGAACUGUUUACUGCCUGUUGUGUUUUUCCCUUAAUAAACCACCUCAACUUCACUGUGAAAAGCCCUGCAGCCUUUGCUAACCCGUUGCCUUGGGACUACAGCACCCAUCGUGCCGCGCCUUGUCUGGCUGGGGCUGAUGGGCACUGUAUUCCCAAACGCCUGGAAUGGCGCGCGGUUCCACUGCGAAGGGUGGCCGCCCUAAUUCUGGACGCGACUGGGACCUGGUUGCUGUGUCUCCCGCGUCUUCACGGUGGCGCUUAAUCUCUGCAAAUUAGGAGCCAUCAUUUGUACUGUGAAUCCUGCAUCCUAGACUCCCCUCCUGGGUUGCAGGGGACCGGGGUGGCGGAAAAGGGGAUUGGAGGCCCCCACCUCGCGCUUGAAGUUCCAACUGAGACUCUGCUCUGAUGCAGAGAAAAGGCCCUAUUUGUGUGUGUGUGUAUAUAUCUAUUUAUGCUCAUGGUUCAUGAUCCCGAAGCCCACACUUGGGUUUUCUCUGCGUUGGGGGGGUGGGGGGGCCAUCUGUAAAACUGUUGAAUCCGGUUUGGCAUCAAAGUGUCUCUUAAACUUGUGUUUUCACCUGAGGGGGAGAGGGGCUCCCGGAUAUUACAAGAAUGAUGAUCGCUUUGUUUGUACGCCCAGUGUGUGCUCUCUCACCCCUUAACAUUUCUUCCAUUGUAAAAAGGAAAAAACACUCUCUCUUUUUUUGUCCCUUUGCCCCCCCCCACCCCUAAUGCAGUCGUGUGUAAUCAGGGAGUGAAUAAACUGCAAAUCUGUUUCAGAAAAAGUCUCAAAUGCUGGUCUUUGUGCAGAGAUUCACAGAAUCGUAGAGCGGGAACCUAAGGGCCAUCUAGUCCAGCCCUCUGCAAUGCAGGAAUCGCAGCUAAUCACAUGACUUCCCCUCUUGUGUGAAUGUGACUUGGGUGGGGUUGGUGAUUGUCCUAGUGCUUUUUUUCUGAGUCUGUUUGGCCCCAAUGAGGGGCAGUAUUUCAAUAUGAGUAGGAAAAUGAGAGUACCCCUAAACAUUUUUCUAGGGAAAAAAGAGCGCUGCACAGGCCUCUCAGUUUAUUUUUAUUUUUUGCACCAGCUGUCACAAAAGUCUGCCCAGAAAUUGCAGUCCUUUUGGUAUCUGACCAUAUCUCCCAAGGCGCUUGGAUUGGGACCUGUGCCUCUUGGGUCUACUUUUGCUUCUGCUACGUUCAAUUCAUAUGCCACCCCCACGACAAAUAGCUGGCAGGGAUAGCCUGAUCGUGUGGGGGGUAACCCUCAAAGCUGUAGAAACACACGAAAACAAAACUUAAUAUUGUUCAGUCUAUGCAUGUGGGAUCCUGGCUUUCCUCCUAGAUAGGAUAAAAACUUUCAUGAGGGCUAGGAACCGUGGUAUCAGUGGGAUUUGAAAUCUUCUAAGGCGGCUUUCGGCAAAUGACAUUUAUUUAGUCCAGUUCUGAGACCGCAGAGACAUGAAUGAGGGUUGCCAGGGUCAAAUUGGCUUGGAGGAGGUAGUAAUGAUAGGUUUUUGCCUUGGUUAAAUCUAUAAAUGUGGGUUUUAAGAGCAAAUCUUGCACAUGUUUACUUGGAGGUAAAUCUAAUCAAGCCCAGUGGAGCUUCUCCCAUGUAAAAAUGCACAGGCUAGCAAGCCUUAAACCUGGUGAAAUGCAAGCUUGGCUUAGCUGGAGACUUUAUUCAGUCAAAAUACAGAAGUCCAAAGGCAGUGUGGUGCAGUGGUUAGAGUAGCACUAGGGCCUGGGGGACCAGGGUUCCAUGAAGCUCACUGAGUGAUCCCUGGCCAAUCCACUGCAGGGUUGUUGUGGGAGACAACAGAGCUUUUUUGGGGGUGGGGGGGUGAGCUAUGAAGGCAAUCAAUAGGCAAGCCCCCCUGAAUUUGUGAUGGUUAGAAAUGGAGCUGCUGUUUUCCAAACAGCCUUCAGAAUAAACUGCAUUCGCAGCAGAUCCCAACUGGCAGCUCUCGGUUAACUUUUUAAACUUUAAAACCAGGAAUUAAACGGCCUCUUUCUUUUAAAGGCAAACACUGCGUCACGUUGCCACUGCUGGCCUCCUUGGCAUGCGCUUCCCUAACCUACAAUCGACAGCUGCCAAAACGGGCAGAAGUUCACGUGGCUCACGUUUUGGGGAAGCAAAAAGCCUCCACCAGCCCAGAGCAGAACCACGUGCCCCUUUAUCCUUUAUCCGGAGCAGUUCAAAAAGCCAAACCUUUUGUGAUUCGCUGGCAGCAUUUGGGGAAAAUCCGCUGUGAGCUCUGCAAAAGUUGUCUUGGAAGGGAGCCUGGUCACGUCAACGUUGAAAGUUUAAAAUAAACCUUGGCGAAGCUGUGGAACUCCUCUCUCGCUGCUCUAGCUAGUCUAGUACAGCCUUUCCCCAAAGCUGGUCAGAAUGAAAUUUCUUGCCCAGGUGUAAACCUCGUGGCUACUUCUGUGUGUCUGGAAUAUGGCCUCACUGUAGAAAGUUAAGGGCUGUAUCCAGUGUUCCUCUUGCGUGAACUGUAAAAUGGCGCGGUUCGAAGGGACCCCCAAAGGACAUCUAGUCCAACCCUCCCCCAGCAACGCGGGGACCGCAACUGAAGAAUCCUGAUGGAUGGCCACCCCAACUGCUGCCUGAGGCCCCCGGAAAGUUCCCCAGAAGGAAACUGUGGCCCUCAGACUGAGAAAAGUCUCUUGCCAUGGCCCUGCCAUUAGACAGAAUGAAGUAGCUGACUUUGGGUAUCAGGAGAAAGUAGCAAAUUGCUCACUAUUUAAUGUACAGCUGCUGUAUUUUUCCUGCCAGGGGGAGAGAGAGAGAUGCUCUCUCUUUUUGCUUGGCCUCAGGCACCAAAAUAACCUGAGUGGCCUUGAGCACCUUGACUGCUGGAGGGUGUGGUGGAGGUGCGGAUU